AUGGGAGCUCGCCUUUUGGACACGAUAGAGGGGGAUAUCCCACAACCUCUGGUUCCGAAGCCUACAGAAACUCCCAUCGAGAGUACUCGAAAACAAAUUGAACCAGGCACGCCCCAACCGCGCACUAUCCAAGCAAAACCAAAGAGGAAACUCAUCGAAGAUGCCGAAACUUCUGGCAAUGACGAGAGUUGGAAAGGGAAACGCAGACGACGUCGAGGUACCGUGCAAAGACCCGUCCCUUACCAAACGAGAUUCAAAGCGAAAUUCCAAAACGGGACAUCUGCUGUGGACAGCGAAGCUAGUAGCGAGGAUGCACCAGAAAUCAAAGACCUUGUCUCAGCACGCACACGGUCAAGCAUGUCCAAAUCUCAACCCAAUUCCACGAAGGAUAAAAAGAGAUCCAAGAAGAAGACAAAGAAGUAA